AUGUCACAACAGGAGACCAGAGCAGCCUACCUGGCCUGGACGAGAACCCUCCUCGUUGACAGAGGUGGACAAAGAUUCGCGCGGGAGAUGAAGGGGAGGGAGAAAAUCAGAGAAUUACGGCUGUUGUUGAUGGUCACUAUUCGACCUGAUUGGAAGACCGACGCGGUGAACGCUCUGUCGAUAGCAGGAACAGCUCAAACUUCCCAAAAAUUGAGCGGGCCGGUGUCGUUUUAG